UUUGUUUAUUUCCAUGCAGUGAAAAGAAAAGCAGCGUUUCUUCACAAAUUCAAAAACAAUGUAUGCUUUUAUUUUAUCAACGUGAACCGGAAGUGUUUCGGUCUUCACUGCUAUUUAGUAUUUUUCUUUCGGCUUGUAGUUCCACAAUGCAGCAACGAGAAGAAAAGCAGCUAGAAGCGGCGGUGGAUUCUCUUAUUUCUCGGGUAGCACACGUCAAAAACGCUCUUCACAGUUUCAUUUAUAAGUUGGAAAAUGAAUACGAGCGAUUGACAUGGCCUUCUGUUUUGGACAACUUUGCUCUGCUGUCCGGUCAGCUGAAUACUAUCAACAAACUGCUCAAGAACGAGAAGACACCAUCCUUUCGGAACCAGGUUAUAAUACCGCUACUCCUGUCUCCAGACCGAGAUGAGGAUUUAGCGAAACUCACAGAGCAGCGCGUCCCAGUGUUCAGCCAUGAGAUUGUACCAGACUACUUGCGGACCAAGCCUGACCCAGAGGUGGAGGAGCAGGAGAAACAGCUGAGUACAGAGGCAGCUCGGAUUGGCCCAGAGGUGGCACAGAAACAGAUCCAGACGUUGAAUAAACUGUGUUCCAAUCUGCUAGAGAAGCUCAACAAUCCUCGUGAUGACAGAGAUGCAGAAAGUGCAGCAAUACGACAGAACAAACCAUCUUUCAACCCCGCUGACACUAACGCACUGGUUGGAGCCGUUGCAUUCGGAAAGGGGCUUUCCAAAUGUCGGCCUCCGGGUCCAGUGGCCCCUGGACAUCCAGGUCAAGGGCCAAUGAUGAGUGGAGGCCCGACCUUACAGCAGGUCACCAUUGGUGGCGGUUCAAGCCAGCAAGCAGGUAUGGGAGGACCUGUGCCUCCACAGCAGCAGGGGCAGCCAGGUAGGAGACCUGGAGAGCUGGGAAAAAUGCCAAGCAGCAUCAAGACAAACAUCAAAUCUGCAUCUGGUUCAAUGCAUCCUUACAACCGAUGAGCUCCUUCUUUUCUAAGUGUUCACUCAACAUUUGUUACGUUUCAGAGACUCACCUACAGCAAUAACAACAUUCAUACCUUUGUAACCCAUUGUUUUCAUGGAAUGGGCCAACUUCUACAUUCUAUAAAAUGUUAUAUAUUUGUGAUUUUUGAUUUUGAUACAUCAUCUGAGCCACUAGAUGGCAGUGUGUCAUCAUUUAUGGGGUGAUCAUGGCUUGUAUUUUGAACUGUGCUAUUGACUCUUUUUCAAUAAAAGAUCUGUUAAAAGAA